CGUUCUAGACCCGAUCCCGUCCCGUUCCCAUCUCGAUCCUGUCCCCUUCCCGUCACGGUCCCACCGCAUCCCCCGUCCCGUUCCCAUCCCGGUCCUGUCCCAUUCUUAUCCCUCUUCCCCCGUCCCGUUCCCGCCCCGGUCCUGUCCCGUUCCCAUCCCGGUCUUGUCCCGUUCCCAUCCUGGUCCUGUCCCAUUCCUGUCCCUCUAUCCCCGGCCCGUUCCCAUCCCGAUCCUGUCCUAUUCCCAUCUCGGUCCCGUCCCGUUCUCACCCCGGUCCCGUCCCGUUCCCGUCACGGUCUCACCGCUCCCUCCGUCCUGUUCCAGUCCUGGUCCUGUCCCGUUCCCGUCCCUGUCUCACCGCUCUACCCGUCCCGUUCCCAAACCAGUCCUGUCCCGUUCCCAUCCUGGUUUUGUCCCGUUGUCAUCUCGGUCCUGUCCCAUUCCUGUUCCUCUUCCCCCGUCCCGUUCCCAUCCUGGUCCUGUCCCGUUCCCAUCUCAGUUUUGUCCCGUUGUCAUCUCGGUCCUGUCCCAUUCCCGUCCCUCUCCCCCCGUCUCGUUCCCAUCCUGGUCCUAUCCUGUUCCCAUCUCGGUCUUGUCCCAUUCCCAUCCUGGUCCUGUCCCGCUCCCAUCCCAGUCCCAUCCCAUUCCAGUCCCUCUCCCCUCGCCCGUGGCGCGUUUCCUCCUCCCGGCCGCCAGGAGGCGCUCCCGCGCCGCGCCACCGUGCCGCGGGCGGCGCUCUGGCCCCACUUCGUUGCCGGGAGCUGAUUGGUGCGUGGCGGCGGUGACGCCAUUCCCGGUGGCCGCGCUGUGCUUGCGGGACCUUCGGGACCCCCGGCCCCGCUCCUCUCCCGAGCCAUGGAGUUCCCCGCCGUUCUCUUCCCCUCCUACUUCGGCGCCGGCCCGCCGCGGGAAGAGGGCGGCCCGGCGCCGGCCGCUGGCUGGGGCGAGCACGGCCAGGUGCUGGAGGGCAGCCCCGGACCCAGCCGCCGCCAGGCGCAGCCGGCGUUCGUGCCCCGCCGAGGCGGGAAGGGCGAAACUUGGAACCCCGCCGAGGCCGCGGCCAUGCCGGUGCUGCCGCCCAGCGCCGGCCGCUGGAUCCCGUCGCCCACUCCUCAGGACAUCCUGUACCGCAACAGUGUGUGCAGGAAGCUCCGGGCAGGCAGGUCUGGAGCCACCCUGGACUUCGCCAAGCAGCUGGGCCAUUUCUUUGUGGAUCAUCCAGAGGAUGCGUUUGGCUCCAUGGGGCGCCUGCUGCACAAGAACUUCUACCUGGGCAACUCCAGCCUGAAGAGGCCGGCCCGGAGCAGCACCAUCCGGAUGACGGCCCUGAUGGAGGACAUUGACCGCCUGGAGGCCCGGCGCGGCUGCCACCGGCAGCACUUGGCCUCCCGCCUGCGCUGGUUCUCCCACCUGUGCCGUGACUGGCUCUUUGAGGUGCCGCUGGGGCUGCUGGCGGACUGCCUGCAUGAGGAGCUGCUGCUGCAGUGGUCUGACCUGCUCUUUGAUGACAGCCUCACGGGGGGGGCACUGGCCUGGCUGCCCCCCGGCGACACAGGGUCAUGUACGGGCCGCCUGGUGUACCCCGGAGGGCAGGCCAUGAACCACCUCUUUUUCCAGGACAUGGUGAUGGAGGAGAUGCCCCAUGCCCGAGGCUCCCCGGCGCAGUUUGAACUCAGCGGGCGCAUCCGGCAGGUGGCUGCAGCCCGGGUGGAUGGGGAAGAUUUCAUUGGGGUCCGCUCAGACUAUCACUGCGGAGUUUGGAGGGUGCCAGGCAGGACAGGGACAGCUCCCACCCCACUGCAGGUCAUCCGUACUGAUGUGCCUGCCUCCUGCCUCACUGUCAGCCCUCACCUUCCCGGGGAGCUGGCAGUCUGCACUCAGAGUGGGACCGUCUACCUCUGGAGCGUCGAGACAGGGCUGCUGCAGCUCCGCCAUGACCCCCAGACCAUGUUUUUUCGGGACCAUUCACCCUGGCGCUGGAGCGACUUCACUGCCCACCCAAGGGUGCUGAGCUGUGCUGACCGCACCGGCCUGCAGUGCCUGGAUGCCCGGGCCCCCAAGAAAUGCCACUUCGACUUGUUCAAGGUGGGUGAGGAAGCUGGCUGCCAGCAGGGCGAGCGCGUCGUGCUGCCCAUGUACCUGGGCAGGGCUCACCCCUCACAGUACCUUGUCACCACCCAGUUCUCCGUGUACGUGCUGGACGAGCGGUUGCCACUGGUGCCUGUGCUCAAGUGGGCACACAUGAUGAAGGCCCCCCCACUCUUUGCCCACCUGAUGCCAGGAGAUCCUGGGAGGACCCAUAAGGUGCUGCUCGGCGCAUCCCGCACCCAGGAACUGUUGCUGCUGCAAUACCGGGGGGGAAGCCAGUCAGCCUGCCAGCUGGCGGGGGCUCCACAGAAGCUGCACAGCAUCGCUGGGUGCCUGCAGCACCUGCCCACCCAGCUCCCACACCGCCACCACCUGCUCCAGCAGCGCCUCGGAGCCCCGGCUGCAGGGCUGGCCGCCAUGCUGCAAGAGAAUGGGACUUGUGAGACCUUGCUGGUUUUCCAGCUCUCCGAGGCUGGGGAUGUCUUCUGCCAGAGGCUGACCCACGAGGCAGUGCGUCCCCCUGCACCCACCUUGAGGGAUGAGGCCACAACAGCCCCUGGCUCUUCCCCUCUCUUCGAGGCUCCAGCGAGCAGCCCACUGGGCUUGGGCAGUGAGGAGGAAGAGGAGGAAGAGCAAAUGUUCUACUUGUCCAACCUGGAGCUGAUUAUCAACGAGGAGGAGGAGGAGAACACCGGCACACCAGCACCCCCAGAGGAAGCUGAACUGCCCCAGGAGCCCUGUGCCAGCCCCCAGCCCAGCCCAGCGGUGCCCAGCCCAGCUGCAGCCGUGCGGUACCACCGCUGGUUGAGGGCUCUUUUCAGAGGCUGCAGGGAGCCCCCCCAGCACUCCUUGCCCCCCAGCCUCAGCCAGAGGCGCCUCUUCACCCUCAAAGAGCUGGAGGGGCCAACAGGUCCCACUGCCCUGCAGAGGCAAGUACGGCAGUGGCUGCGCCAGGUCAUGCGGGAAGGGGGCCACAUCCAGCGCUGGGAGCCCAUGGCCCUCCAGGCCCCUGCCUUGCCACAGCCCCUGGAGCCAGAGGAGGGUCCGGACCUCUUGAGCACCCGUCUGACAGCAGCCUGGUCCGGGGACUGGGAGCAGUGGUGGGAGGACAGGACUAGCUUCAGUGUGGCACAGAGACAGCGGGCUCUGCGGGAGCGGCGGCGGCGGCAGAAACGAGCACGGAGCCGGCGCAGUCUCUCGGCCAGUUUUACCUCCUCCCUCACCUACCAGUCGGAGCUGUCCGAGCUCAGCGAUGCAGGACCCCUGUUGCUUUCCCCCAGCCGCCCACACGUUCUCUCCCAGGAGAGCUCCCCCCCAGCCAGCAGCCCCCUACGCGGCAGCCCCCCGGCCUCGCCGGCACCCGACGAAGCGCUGCUGUCCUCGCAGAGCCUGCGCUGCCGCGGCAUCCCCAAGGAGCGGCGGAAGACGCUGCGGGACUACCUGUCGGUGUGGGCCGAGGGGCCCCCUGAGCCCCCAGAGCUCCCUGGCAGCCAGGCCAGCCAGCUCUGCAUCCCCUCCUCCCAGAGCCAGCUCUCUUCUGCCUCGCAGACCCGCCGCAAGCGCCCACGCAUGGGCUUCUGAACACCAAUAAACCCGCCUGGCACAGCCUCCCA